AUGAUACCCUUUGAGGCACUUUAUGGCAUCCAACCUCCACGGUUAGCUUUGAGACCUUACCAGCAAAUCGAUGUCACUGCAGUGGAUAAUCUAUUUCAAAAGAGGCAUAAAAUUGAUCAUAUCCUACAGGGAAAUUUGGCACAAUUUAAGGCUCGAAUGAAACUAUAUGCUAAUAAACACAGGAAUGAAAGGGAAUCCCAACUAGGAGACUGGGUCUAUCUCAAACUUCACCGCUAUGCUCAACAAUCUGUGGCUAAGAGGAUCAACAAGAAACUAGCGGCAAAGUAUUAUGGUCCCUACAAAGUAAUUCAGAAACUGGGUAAGGUUGUAAAUAAAUUGGUGCUGCCAACGAGAGCUCAAGUCCAUUCGGUAUUCCAUGUCUCCCUUUUGAAGAAGAAGAUUGGGGAUAGGGAUACCCCAGUUCUUACAUUCCCAGAUCAUCUUGUGCGUGAGAAACAAUCUCUAAUAGAACCUUGGGGACAAUGUUGUUUUAAGGAAGGGAUGUUAUUGAGAGGAACAAGGAAGAUAGGAAACCAACUGGAGUUGGGAUGGAGGAAGAAAAGGAAUCACAGAGCCAGGGAAGAAAAAAGAUGA